GCAGUAAAGUGAAGUUUUGUCACCGUUAUUCUGCGGGACAUCCGAGUUCACACUCAAGACUAUCACACCGGAAUUCAUGUAUUCCCUUCAGGAUAAAUUUGACCUGUGUUUGUGAGGAUUUAUUGAGACUUGGUUUUCAGUUUUUUUGCACAAUGGAAAGUCCAUCAUCAUCUUCAUUUUCGUGAGAGGAACGCUGCGAGUUUUGCUGGAUGAAUCUUGACAGGAUUUUACCUCAGCAGUGACCCUUUUCUCUCCCGUGGAAAGUUAAAAAGUCGUUGCGAGGAUAUAGCUUUGGAAAUAUUAGCGGUAAGAAGACUUUAUUGCAACUUUUGAUGAAGUUCGAAGAAGUUUUUUCCCGACGAUAUGAUGUUUUGAAUGUGAGGUGAAUGUAUCAGGUUCGGGAAAAUCCUGACUGGAUUUAUCAUCAUGGCGCUUUCGGGGAGAUCUCUGGACACUUUUUACCUCAUCCUAUUCAUCUUAUGGACUUUAUCGAGGCGUUCUGUAUCCAGUCAGGUUCGGCAGGAGUUUAAAGUUCGCGAAGAGCAGCCGGUUGGUACUUAUGUGGGCACGAUCGAAACCAAGCCCACCUUUACGUACAGAUUCAGCGAACACCACAAACUUUUCUCCAUAAACGCCACGACGGGCGUUAUUUACACGUCCUCCGUGAUCGACCGAGAGAUUCUUCCCAGCAACAUCAUUAACGUGGUGGUGCUUUCCAGUCAGCCGACGUACCCCACCGAAGUUCGCAUCGCGGUUUUGGAUAUGAACGACAACGCGCCCGUGUUUCCCGACGCGUCGAUCGUAGUGUCGUUUAAAGAGGACGCGAGCAGCGGGCGGCAGGUGAUUCUCGACACGGCCACGGACGCCGACAUCGGGAGUAACGGGGUCGACCACACGACGUACCGUAUCGUGAGCGGGAACGAGCAGAGGAGGUUUCGCCUGGAUAUCACCGUCAACCCGAGCGGCGAGGGCGCGUUUCUGCAUCUUGUGUCCACGGGGGGGUUGGAUAGAGAAGUGACUCCCUUCUACCAGCUCCUCAUCCAAGUGGAAGAUAAAGGUGAACCCAAAAAGUUUGGUUAUCUGCAGGUAAACGUCACGAUUCAAGAUAUCAACGACAACCCGCCUGCGUUCGAUCAGGAUCAAUACCAGACGAACGUGUUUGAGGAUGCUGCCGUCGGCUCUAGCGUCUUGCAAAUAACCGCCACCGAUUUGGACGAGGGAGCAAAUGCUCACAUCAGCUAUUUUUUAGACGAGGGAACUCCCUUUCAGAUAGACCCCAAAGCUGGAACUCUUGUUAUAAAAGAGGCGUUAGACUACGAGACGAGGAAAGAGUAUUCCCUGACGAUUCACGCUGUUGACAACGGCGUGCCAUCUCUCUCGGGCAGGACGGAAGCAACGAUCAAACUGCUCGAUGUUAACGACAAUGACCCUGUGGUGAAAUUCCGCUACUUCCCCACGACCUCCAAGUUCGCCUCCGUGGAUGAGAACGCCCAGGUGGGCACCGUCGUAGCGUUGUUGACGGUUUCAGACUCGGACUCAGCCUCAGCCAAUGGCAACAUUUCUGUCUCGAUUCUCGGCGGAAACGAACAGAGGCACUUCGAAGUUCACACGUCGCCAGUCCCGAAUCUGAGUUUGAUCAAAGUGGCCAGUGUGUUGGACCGAGAGCGAAUCUCCUCCUACAACUUGACCGUUUCUGUGUCGGAUAACGGCAGGCCCAUGGCGCGCUCCUCCUUCGCCAGUCUUGUCAUAUAUGUAAACGACAUUAACGACCAUCCGCCUAUAUUUCAGGAAGCCGUGUAUAGAGUAGACAUCAGUGAAGACAUUCCUAAAGGCAGCUACAUUAAAGGGGUCUCGGCCACAGAUGGAGACUCUGGGCAGAACGCCAAUCUGCGCUACUCACUGGUGUCUGGAAACAGUUUGGGCUGGUUCGCCAUCAGUGAGAACAGCGGUUUGGUUACCAGCGCUGCAGCUCUCGAUAGGGAAAUAGCCUCGGAAAUAGUGCUGAAUGUCAGUGCCAAAGACCAGGGCCUGCAGCCAAAAAUCUCUUAUACCAAACUAAUAGUAAACAUCACAGAUGUCAACGAUCAGGUUCCCACGUUUACGCAAAGCACGUAUCACGUUUCUUUAGUGGAGCGCUCCCCUUCCGGCACAGAGCUGGUGCUGCUGUCCGCCACAGAUUCCGAUCUCGGUGCCAAUGGUACGCUCCGUUUCUCGUUUGACAUUGAAACGCCCGCGAGUGUUCAGAAUCUGUUCAGGUUAGAUGCGGCGUCAGGACGCUUGAGUGUAUCCACAGAGCUGGACAGAGAAGAGCAGGGCUCCUAUUUGCUGCACAUCAAAGCUACUGAUUCCGGCACCCCCUCGCUUUUUUCCAUCUGUAAAGUUAAUAUCACGGUUAAAGACGUCAAUGAUAACAGCCCCGUGUUUUAUCCUGUGCAGUAUUUCGCCAACAUUAAAGAAAACGAACCUCCUGGCUCGUUUGUCGCGACGGUAACGGCUUCCGAUCCUGACCUGGGUCGAAAUGCCACAGUAAAAUAUGCCAUCACUGCUGGCGACUCUCAUAAGUUUCACAUCAGCAACACAUGGGGUAAAAUCACAACUCUAAUGCCCCUAGACAGAGAGGAGAGAACCGCCUAUCAGCUAGAGGUCACAGCAACAGAUGGAGGAGGUUUGCGCUCACACGUGCAGGCUAUAGUCACCGUCACUGUAAUAGACACACAAGAUAAUCCUCCUGUGUUCGGUCAGAGAGAAUACAGCUUUGUUAUGUUUGAGAAAAUGGCGGUGGACACCGUCAUAGGCACCGUGUCUGCCACUACGGUUGAUCUGAACACAAACGUCACUUAUCUGAUAGCAUCAGGGGACCAGCGCGGUCUGUUUGCAGUCAAUAGUGUCACAGGGCAAAUCACAGCGUCAGGCCUCAUAGACAGAGAAGAGCAGGCGUUUUACCAGCUCAGAUUGAUCGCCAGGGGUGGGGAGGUGACAGGGGAGACCUUAGUUAACAUCACCGUGAAGGAUUUAAAUGAUAACCCCCCCCAUUUCAUUCACGCGGCCGAGCAUGUCAGCGCUGUGGAGAACUGGGCCACGGGUCACCACAUAUACCAGGCAAAAGCUUCAGAUCCAGAUGAGGGCACCAACGGUGUGAUUGUGUACAGUCUCAAACACAACCCCAAAGGCCUGUUUCACAUCCAUGAAAGACACGGAUUAAUCACCCUCACUGGCCCCCUGGAGGUCACCACCAGCUCCUACCAGUUGGAGGUCGUGGCCUCUGACCUCGGUAUCCCUCAGCACACCUCCAGUCUCAUUCUCACUGUUAGUGUGUAUGAUGUCAAUGACAAUGCGCCAGUUUUUGAUCAGCUCUCCUAUGAGGUCACCAUUCUGGAAUCGGAGCCAGUGAACAGUCGUUUCUUUAAAGUGGAGGCCACUGAUAAAGACUCUGGGCUUAAUGGUGAGAUUGUGUAUGAUAUUAUGAGCGGCAACACUAAUGACGUUUUUGGCAUCUUCCCCGACGGGCAGUUGUACAUUAAAGCAGAUUUGGAUCGAGAAGUACAAGAACACUACAGUUUAUUAGUAGUGGCCAAAGACAGAGCCGUGGAGCCUUUGAGCGCCAGCGUUAAUGUCUCUGUCCUCCUCGAUGAUGUCAAUGAUAACCGUCCGCUUUUUAAUAGCACUAGUUAUGUCUUCCAUUUCGAGGAGGAGCAGCAGCGAGGCUCACCGGCAGGGCGGGUUUAUGCAGAGGAUAAAGAUUUUGGGCCGAACAGCGAGGUCCGUUACUCAUUUGAAACUCCUCAUCCAAACUUUGAGCUUAACGCCAUCACGGGUGAGAUCACCGGCACGCUACGGCUCGAUCGCGAGUCUCUCAUGAGACAAAGAGGCGCCGCAGUGUUUAGUUUCAUUGUCGUGUCCUCUGAUCAGGGCUUUCCCAAACCUCUCAAAGACCAGGCCAAAGUUCAAGUAUACGUGCAGGACAUCAAUGACAACCCACCCAAAUUCACCAAGGACACGUAUCAGGCCUCUAUCUCAGAAUCGGCCCAGAACAUGACACAAGCGCUGCGGGUGUCUGCCUCAGAUGUAGAUGAAAAUAAAAACGGCCUAGUUUGCUACGACAUCCUGGAGGGAAAUGAAGAAAAGCAGUUUAGCAUUGACAGCACUUCUGGUCAAGUUACUCUAGUGGGAAAACUAGACUAUGAGACAACACCCUUUUACUCCCUGAAAAUUAUAGCUGAGGACUCUGGCAUUGUGCCCCUGUCGUCCACUUGUGUGUUAAGCAUCACUAUUCUGGACGAGAAUGACAACUCGCCCUCAUUUCCCAAAUCUACCCUCACGGUGGACGUUUUGGAGAACAUGCGCGUCGGGGAGCUGGUCGCCUCCGUGAGCGCCACAGACUCUGACUCGGGUUCCAACGCUGACAUCACGUUCAGCAUUUCUGCCACAAACAAUCACGGCACGUUCAGCAUUAGUCCUAACACUGGCAGUAUUUUCCUUGUUAAAAAACUAGAUUUUGAGACUCAGUCACUGUACAAACUCAACGUCACCGCCAGAGACGGUGGACGGCCGCCGAGGUCCACGUCGAUUCCUGUCAUCAUUUAUGUCAGAGAUUUCAACGACAAUCCUCCUGUUUUUACUCCAGGCGAUAUUUUUAAGUCCAUCCCUGAAAAUCUUCCCCUCUCCACGUCUGUCAUGACCGUAACAGCUCACGACACAGAUGCUGACAUAAACGGUGAGCUGGAAUAUUCCAUCGUCCAGCAGACUCCGAGGGGCGGUCAUUUCCGCAUUGAUCGGACGUCUGGAGUUAUUUACACCAACAGAGAAAUCGACAGAGAGUUCUCCAACCUCUUCGAGCUGACCGUUAAAGCGUCGGACCAGGCCGUACCCGUCGAGUUCCGUCGCUUUGCUCUAAAGAACGUCACCGUAUGGCUGACGGACCAGAAUGAUAACGUGCCUGUUUUCAUCUCCCAGAACGCCUUAGUGGCUGAAUCCAACAUCGUGAUCGGUUCCAUUCUCACCACCGUGGUGACCUUUGACCCAGAUGAGGGUGCGAACGGAGAGGUGGAGUAUGAACUAGUGCGAGGCGAUUUCGAUACGUUUAUCAUGGAUCGUUACAGUGGAGAUAUCAGACUAGCGUCUCAGCUGGUGCCCUCGAAACUCAUGUACAGUCUGACCGUGUCUGCUACGGAUCAUGGGACAGAGCGCAAGACCUCACGGACAGAACUGACCAUCAUUCUACAGGGUACAGAUGGGCCCGUCUUCUCCCAACCCAAAUAUAUCACUAUUCUAAAAGAGGGCCAGCCGCCCGGAACAAACGUCAUCUCGCUGGAUGCGUCCAGUCCACGUGGAGCUGGUGCUAAGGUGGAGUUUUUCAUUGUCUCGGUUCAGAGCGGAGGGAAGGCUGUAGGCCGGCUUUUCACCAUCGGCCGGCACACUGGGGUGAUCCAGACGGCUGCAGAACUGGACCGAGAGCAGGGCUCAGGACUGUACGUCCUGGAUGUGUACGCCAUUGAAGCAGACGCCAGCCAGCCCCGAACGCAGCACGCAGAGGUGGAGAUCACCCUACAGGACGUGAAUGACAAUCCUCCAGUGUUUCCCACAGACUCUCUGGACGUCAUCAUCCAGGAGAACAUCAGUGAUGGCUUCAGGAUAAUGCAGUUAACAGCCACUGAUGCGGACGAGGGUCCGAAUGCUCUGGUAACCUACGCCAUCAUCAGCGGAGCCGACGACAGCUUCCGCAUCGAUCCUGAGUCUGGGGAUCUGAUCGCCACCAAGCGUCUGGACAGAGAGCGUCGCUCCAAGUAUUCUCUGCUGGUGCGGGCAGAUGAUGGGCAGCAAUCAUCUGAUGUGAGAGUCAACAUCACCGUCAGCGAUGUCAACGAUCACACACCCUUGUUUUCCCGCUCCGUGUACUCCUUCGACAUCCCAGAGGACACAGCUCCAGGCUCCGUCGUGGCCGCUAUCUUGGCCAGCGAUUCAGACUCCGGGCUGAACGGUGAGGUGACGUACUCUAUAGAGGAGGAUGAUGAAGACAACACCUUCCUCCUGAACCCUGUGACCGGAGUGUUUAAUGUCACUCGUCCUCUGGACCAUGAGUCUCAGCAGUUCUACAUCCUGACGGUUCAGGCUCAGGACGGCGGAGGUCUCUUCAGCUUCGUCCGGGUCUACUUCAACAUUCUGGACAUCAAUGACAAUCCGCCCGUCUUCAACAGCUCCGUGUACAGCACCUCUGUCCUGGAGACUUUAGACCCGGACACGUCUGUCCUCACAGUGAGCGCCAGAGACGCAGAUGAUGGUCUGAAUGCAGAGUUACACUACGCCAUUGUGUCCGGCGACCCACAGUCCCAGUUUUCCAUAACGGACCUUGGCGUCCUGCAGACCAGGAAGUCUUUGGAUCGAGAGACACAGUCGUUCUACAACCUGGUUAUCACCGUCAAUGAUCUGGCUCCGCCCCCCAUGACACGCUUCACCAGUACCGCUCAGGUGUCCAUCAUACUGCUGGACGUCAACGACUGCUCGCCCACCUUCAUCUCUCAGAAGAUGGCGUACGUUCAGGAGAAUACUCCGGUGGAUACCGUGGUGUUUAGCGCUCAGGCCACUGACGCAGACAGCGGGCCCAACAGUUAUGUGGAGUAUUCUCUGAAGGGCACGUUCGGACACAAGUUCAGCAUGGGGAACAUCAACGGGGAGGUGAUGUUAGUGGGAGAACUGGACCGUGAGGAGAUGUCAAACUACACACUGAUGCUUGUGGCCACAGAUAAAGGUCAACCUCCUCUCUCCUCCAGCAUGGAGGUCACAAUGAUCGUGCUGGACGUGAACGACAACACGCCCGGCUUCUCUCAAAACAUCUACGACAUGGAGAUUGAGGAGAACACGCUGACCGGAACAGACGUGCUCCAGGUGUUUGCCAGCGACGCAGAUGAGGGAACCAACGGUCAGAUUCGCUUUUCCAUCGCCGUCGGGAACGUCAACUCAGAUUUUCGCAUCGACUCUGUGACGGGAGUUAUUUCAGUGGCCAAACCUCUGGAUCGGGAAACGCGGGCGUCGUAUUCUCUGGUGGUUCAGGCGGCAGACCGUGGCAGCAGUCCCCGCACGGAUCGAUCUACCGUCAACAUUGUGCUUUUGGACGUAAACGACUGUUUGCCAACGUUUGAGCUGUCACCUUACACCAUCACUGUGCAGGAGAACUUAGGGAACCUACCCAGAAACAUCUUACAGGUGGUGGCUGGUGAUGAUGAUCUGGGCACUAACGGUCAGGUGAGCUACGCUCUGAGCGCUGAUAAUGAUGCGGCGUUCAGCCUCACGUCCAGCGGUCAGCUGAGUCUCAUUCAAACUCUGGACCGUGAGACACAAGACAAGUACACACUCAUCAUCACAGCUCAUGAUUCAGGCUCUCCGUCUCUAAGCAGUUCUGGGACAGUAAUAGUUCUGGUCGGUGAUGUCAAUGAUAAUAUUCCAACAUUCAGCUCCAUGUCUUUCCAUACGAGCAUUCCUGAAGAUGCUCCCACCGGCACAGACGUCCUGCUGCUCAACACCUCAGACGCUGAUGACGGACUCAACGGAGUCAUCAGUUACAGUCUCAGCGGUGGGGGCGGUCAGUUCUCCAUAAACCCGUCUACAGGUCUGAUCAUCACCAGUUCUCGGCUGGAUCGAGAGACACGAGCGAGUUAUGAGCUGUUGGUGGUGGCGAUGGAUGGCGGACAGCCCACCCCUCUGUCCAGUUCUGCCAGCGUGUCUGUGGUGGUGUCUGACGUCAAUGACAAUCCUCCACGCUUUCAUCAUCAUCCAUACGUCACACACAUCCCUGCCUCCACCUCUACAGGUUCGCUGGUGUUUGCCGUCACAGUAACAGAUGAAGAUUCAGGCUCCAACGCUCAGCUUCACUAUUCACUCACCGGCAGAAAUUCAGAAAAGUUCAAGAUAGACCCGAUCAGAGGUGCGAUCAUCGCAAGUGAAAAGCUUUCUGGGAGUUCAGAGGUCACCUUCACCGUCCACGUGAGAGAUGGAGGCGUCAACCCUAAAACAGACAGCACCACCGUCACCGUUCGCUUCGUCACCGGAGGAAACUUUCCCCUUAUUAGACUCAAAGAGAAAACCUUUACUUUCCCAGAAAACCAGCCCAUAAACACUGUUGUUACUACGGUGACCGGAACAUCAGCCAGGGCGGGUGCUUUGUCAUUCUAUAUCGCGAGUGGAAACCUCGAUCAGGCAUUUCAUGUCGAUCAGCUCUCAGGAGAGUUGUCUAUAAAAACUCCUCUGGACUACGAGAAGAUUCAGAAGUACGUUUUAUGGAUCGAGGCACGAGAUCAGGGUUUCCCUCCUUAUUCGGCCUACGAGAAAAUGGAGAUCACAGUGCUGGACGUUAAUGACAACCCUCCUGUUUUUGAUCGAGAGCCACUUCACGCCGAGAUUCUAGAAAACCUCUCAGCUCAGCGUGUGCUGAUCGUUUCUGCGGUUGAUGGAGACGACGGACCAAGCGGACAGCUGGAAUAUGCCAUCGUCGAUGGAAACAAAGAAAACAGCUUCAGCAUCAGCCGGGGAACAGGUGAGAUCCGCAGUGCGCGUCCUCUGGAUCGAGAGAAGGUGGCUCAGUAUGCCUUGAGAGUGAAGGCAACUGAUCGAGGCAGUCCUCCUAAAAGCACUGCCGUCAGAGUCUUGAUCGAUGUGCUGGAUGUCAAUGACAACGCUCCCAGAUUCUCCAAAAUCUUCAGCGCUACUGUUCCCGAGAACGCACCGGUGGGCUUCACCGUUACCAGGGUAACCACCACAGAUGAAGACGCUGGUGCCAACGCAAUAAGCCGAUACUCCAUCAGUGACACCAGCCUUCCAUUCAUCAUUCACCCCAGCACCGGUGACAUCACCAUCAGCAGACCUCUGAACCGAGAGGACACCGCUCAUUACAUCGCUAAAGUCACGGCGCACGAUUCAGGAUGGACGGUCAGCACUGAUGUCACCAUCUUCGUGACGGAUUUGAAUGAUAACGCUCCUAGAUUCAGCAAACCCUCAUAUUACCUGGACUAUCCCGAGCUGAUGGAGGUGGGAUCCAUCGUGACCCGAGUGUUUGCCGCAGAUCCAGAUGAGGGAUUCAAUGGGAAAAUAUUCUACUUCAUCAGAUCCCAAACCGAGUAUUUCAGAAUCAACUCCACGUCUGGUGAGAUCUUCAUUAAACAGCCGCUCAGAUAUCAGAACUCAAGCGCUCACAGUAAUGUCAAUGUGAACCGCCACAGUUUCAUCGUUACGGCUUCGGAUCGAGGUGUCAAGCCACUCAUGAGUGAAACUACAGUUAUUGUGAAUGUAGUUGAUAGUAACGAUAACCCACCCACGUUUGAAUCCGCCUUUUACUUCACACCCGUCACUAAAAGUGUAAAGGUCGGCACCAGACUUCUGAAAGUCACAGCACGUGAUGAGAAAGACUUUGGACUGAACUCUGAAAUCCACUACGUGGUGUCUGGAGGGAACAGCUCCAGUAAGUUCCGCUUGGAUAAACAAGACGGAUCUGUUUCAGUAGCAUCCUCGCUCACGGCGGACACAAAUAAAGUUUACUUGCUCCAGAUCACAGCGAGUGACAGAGGAAACCCUCCUCUCUCGGCAAAGACCACGGUCAGGAUCAUUGUGACAGAAGAGAACCAUCACACUCCAGAAUUCUCUCAGAAUCAAGUGACGGUCACUGUGUCUGAAAGUCUGAGUGUGGGCACAGCCAUCCGCACUCUCUCAGCCAGAGAUAAAGACAAAGACAAGCAGAUGAACGGUCUGAUCUCAUACAACAUCUCCUCAGGGAAUGAUGACGGCUUGUUUUCUAUCCACACACAGACGGGGGUGUUAUCUCUAGCCAAACCUUUGGAUUAUGAGAGGAAACAGAAACACGAGCUGAGAGUUUCGGCAACAGAUGGAGGAUGGAUCUCAAAGAGCAGUUAUGUUACGGUUUAUAUUCACGUGACUGAUGUCAAUGAUAACUCUCCAGUGUUUCACCCUGUUGAGUAUUUCCCGGUCGUACAGGAAAACGUUCCCAGCGGCACCACUGUGGUGAAAAUGAACGCCACAGAUGAAGACUCUGGGGCAAACGCUCUGAUGGCGUACGUCAUCCAGUCCUCAGACAGCGAUCUGUUCAUCCUCGAUCCAAACACUGGGAUCAUCAGUACACAAGGAUUUCUGGACUAUGAAGCCAAACAGGUUUAUCACUUGACAGUCAAAGCCUUCAAUGUUCCAGAUGAGGAGCGAUGCAGUUUUGCUUAUGUCAACAUUCAGCUGAAAGGAGCCAAUGAGUACGUCCCACGGUUCGUUUCCAAACAGUAUUACUUUGAGGUGUCGGAGGCGGCGGCUAAAGGCACGGUGAUUGGAGAAGUGUUUGCUAGCGACAGAGAUUUAGGAGAAGAUGGCGUGGUGUAUUAUCUGAUCUUCGGUAGAAGCAGAAAGAAGGGCUUUCGCAUUAAUAAAAGCACAGGUCAGAUCUACGUCUCUGGGGCUCUGGAUCGGGAAAAAGAAGAAAAGAUUUCUCUGCGAGUCCUGGCGAAGAAUGCGGGCAGCAUCAGAGGAGCAGAUAUUGAUGAAGUGUUGGUUAACAUCACAGUUCUGGAUGCCAAUGAUCCUCCUGUAUUCAGUCAAGAGCUUUAUGAUGUUCAGGUGAAUGAAGGACUGGCUCCUGGAGGUCUGGUGACGUUUGUCAGCGCCGAGGAUUCAGAUUCGGUCCCGAGCUGGAGCAGAUUCACUUACGCCAUCGCUUCUAACAGUGACAGAAACACUUUCAGUAUAAACCCUAAGACGGGACAGGUGUCUGUGGCCGCAGAACUGGACCGAGAGAGCGUUCCCUUGUACAAUCUCACUCUUCUGGCCGUGGACUCAGGUUCCCCGGCUGCCACCGGGACCGCCACUUUAAUUGUGACUCUGGAGGACAUUAAUGAUAAUGGACCCACGUUAUUGAGCACAACUGGAGAGGUGAUGGAGAACCAGAGAGCGGGAACACCCGUCAUGACUCUCAGCUCAUCUGAUCCCGACCUCGCUCCAAAUCAAGGCCCGUUCUCCUACAGUCUCAUCAGCACAACCUCCUCUUACUUCAGUCUGAGCACGUCAGGAGAGCUGAGCACCAGCCGAGAGAUCGACCGUGAGCACAUCAGUGAUUUCUAUCUGUCCGUGGUGAUUAAAGACUCGGGUGUUCCUCAGAUGUCCUCUACAGGAACUGUUCACGUUAAAGUCAACGAUCAGAAUGAUAAUCCCUCCGAGUCUCGCUCUGUUGAAAUCUACGUCCAUUACUUUGGAAAUCUGUUCCCUGGAGGAUUUCUGGGGGUGGUGAAGCCGCAGGAUCCAGACGUACAGGACAGGUUUCACUGUUCUCUGACUGCAUCGGCACCUUCUGUUUUCAACAUUCCCGCAGGAACCUGUGACCUCAAAUCAGUGGCUCGCUCCAUGGACGGCACCUUCGAUUUAACGGUGCGCAGCAGCGAUGGCGUUCACGAGGCUGUUAACAGUUACGUGCGUGUUUUCUUCAUCGCCUUUAACAACGCCACUGUGGACAACAGCAUUCUCAUCCGACUGGCCUCUCAAAGCGCCGCUGACUUUCUGACCAAUCACUACCUCAGCUUCUCACGCAUCGCCAACUCUCAGCUGGCCGGUCUGGGCACUGGAGUUCACAUCUACGGUCUGUUUGAACUCAACAACAGCACUUUCCUCAUGAUGGCGGUCAAGAGAAGUCACGGACAGUACGUCAAUCCCAGCGGAGUGGCUACCUUCUUUCAGAGCAUCAGAGAGAUUCUCCACAGACAAACUGGAGUUCAGAUUGAUUCGGUGGAUUAUGAUCCAUGUACGCGCAAUCCGUGUCAGAACGGAGGCCGCUGUAAACGACGUCUGGCAGUGGAGCCGGUCAUGAAGACGGAGGAAAGCGUCCCGGUCAUCCUCGUGUCAAAUGGUCCUCUGAAGCCGUACGCCUGCGACUGCAGACCCGGAUACGCCGGAGCUCUCUGUGAGAUGGACAUCGAUGAGUGUCAGCCCACACCGUGCCACAACGGAGGAACAUGUCAUAACCUGGUGGGUGGAUUCUCCUGCUCCUGUCCCGAGGGGUUCACCGGGAUGGCGUGUGAGAGGGACGUCAACGAGUGCCUUUCAAAUCCCUGCCAGAAUGGAGCGCUGUGCCAGAAUUUCCCCGGAGGAUUUAACUGCCUAUGCAAAUCAGGAUUUUCAGGGAAAACCUGUGAGUCCAUCAUCAAUUACUGUGAGUGUAACCCGUGUUUUAAUGGAGGUUCCUGUCAGAAUCGAGUGGAUGGAUAUUACUGUCAUUGUUCUUUUGGUGUUUUCGGGAAGCACUGUGAACUGAACAGUUAUGGAUUUGAAGAGCUGUCAUACAUGGAGUUUCCCAGUCUGGACCCCAACAACAACUACAUCUACAUCAAGUUUUCCACGCUGAAGGAGAACGCUCUGCUCAUGUACAAUCAUGACAAUCAGACUGGAGAUAAAGCUGAGUUUCUGGCGCUGGAGAUCUUAGAGGGUCGAGUGAGAUUCUCCUUUAAUCUGGGAAGCGGCUCAUAUAAGCUCAUGACGGGCGUCAGGGUUUCAGACGGACACUUUCACACCGUCAUCGCCAGACGUGCAGGGAUGGCGGCGUCUCUCACCGUUGAUCUGUGUGGAGAGGAACAGGAAGCAGGAUUCUGUGCCGUCAGUAAUGUGGCCGUUCACACAGACUGGAUUCUGGAUGUUCAGCCCAACCGUGUGUCUGUGGGAGGCGUUCGGUCCAUUGAAGCUCUUCUGCAUCGUAAAGGUCAGGUGGCCACGCAUGAUUUUGUUGGGUGCAUCAUGGAGCUUGCAGUCAACGGGCGACCUCUGGAGCCGUCUCAAGCUCUGUCUUCACACGGCGUCCUCGACAGAUGUCCCAGGUUAGAGGGUGCGUGUGUCUCUGAGCCCUGUCGACACGGCGCUACAUGUGUGGACAUGUGGUCAUGGAGAAAGUGUCAGUGCGCUGAAGGGUUCACCGGAGUCUCCUGUGAGAAAUACAUCACAGCAGAUACGGCUCUCUCUCUGGACGGUUCUGGACGUCUGGACUACAGUUUGAGUCAGAGCCGGAAGAGAGAUGUGUUAGUGUCCAGAGCGCUGCAGGACUACACACCUGAACACAGCAGUCUGGAGCUGAAGUUCCGCACACGCAGCCCGUCUGGAACACUGAUCCACGCACAAGAGAUCUCCAACUACACAACUGUCAGGCUGAAGAACGGUCUCCUGCAGUACGUCUCUGAUGCCGGUGUGGCCGGGAAGGUGGAGAGGAUUGUUGGAGAUGUUAUUUUGUCUGAUGGUCAGUGGCACACACUGAUGCUUCAGAGAAACGGCUCGUCUACACUCCUGCGGAUCGAUGACUUCAGCUCCAGAGUCAUUCUACACAACACGCAGGACUUUGGAGGCAUUGAAGUUCACACGCUGUCUCUGGGAGGAGUCCCGAGCCGAACCCCACAGCUAAAGACCGCUCCAGGUUUUGAUGGCUGUUAUGCGUAUGUGAGAUAUAACGGAGAGAUGCUUCCCUUCAGCGGUGAACACAGCACCGUCUCCAUCUCUAAAACGGACCCCUCAGUGAAGAUCGGAUGCCGUGGUCCAAAUCUUUGUGAAAGCGGCCCGUGCUGGGACGGCCUGAUGUGUGUGAAUCAGUGGUUCACCUACCAGUGUGUCCCGCCGGGCGACUGCGCCUCGAACCCCUGUCAGCACAGCGGCAGUUGUGUCCCCGGCCCCCGAGGAGGAUUCACCUGUACGUGCCACGAGUUCUACACGGGCAGAGCAUGCGAGAGCCUUGUGGCCUGUCUUGGCGUCCGGUGUCCGCAGGGUACGGACUGUAAGCUGGGAGCCAACGGUGGCUUUACCUGCAGCCCGGGAGCCGCCGCCGCCGGCGAGAUGAGUCUGCCUAUCUGGGCCGUGCCUGCCAUCGUGGGCAGCUGCGCCACCGUCCUCGCGCUGGUGGUUUUGAGUCUCAUCCUGUGCAACCACUGUAAGGGCCGCAAGAAAACCAAAGUGCCAAAAGAAGAUAAGAAACCCAAGGAGAAGAAGAAGAAGAAAAAGAAGAAGGGAAGCGAGAAUGUGGCUUUCGAUGAUCCAGACAACAUUCUGCCGUACGGAGACGACAUGGCGGUGCGUAAACAGCCCGAGGGAAACCCCAAACCUGACAUCAUAGAGCGGGAAAACCCCUACCUGAUCUAUGACGAGACCGACAUUCCGCACAGCAACGAAACCAUUCCCAGCGCCCCCUGUGCUCCGUGUGUGGGUCCGGAGGGCGACAUGGAACACUACGACAUCGACAACGCCAGCAGCAUCGCCCCGUCAGACGCCGACAUCAUCCAGCAUUACAAACACUUCAGGAGCCACACGCCCAAGUUUUCCAUUCAGCGUCACAGUCCGCUGGGCUUCGCCCGUCAGUCUCCUCUCCCGCUGGGCGCCGCCAGCUACAGCUAUCAGCCCACGUACACCCAGGGCCUUCGUUCCACACCCCUCAGUCACUCAGCCUGCCCCACGCCCAAUCCCCUGUCCCGUCACAGCCCCGCCCCCUUCACCAAGCCCUCGUCCUUCUAUCGAAACACACCCACCCGCGAGCUUAACCUGGCGCGGCGCGAGGGCAGUCCGCUCGAUCUCCAUGGUGACGCAUGCCAACCCAGCAUGUUCAAUUACGCCACCAGGCUGGGCCGUCGCAGUAAAAGUCCUCAAGCGAUGGCGGGUCACGGCUCUCGUCCUGGGAGUCGCCUGAAGCAGCCCGUUGAGCAGAUUCCGCUAGAGAGCGGGCCACCCGUGGGUCUGUCUAUAGAGGAGGUGGAACGGCUAAAUACGCCUCGACCCAGAAACCCCAGCAUCUGCAGCGCUGAUCACGGACGCUCCUCGUCUGAAGAGGACUGCCACCGCCCGCUGUCUCGUGUCCGGAACCCUGCAGACGGCAUCCCCGCACCUGAGUCUUCCUCCGACAGCGACUCUCACGACUCCUUCACCUGCUCUGAGAUGGAGUACGACCGAGAGAAAGCCGUCUCUUACGGAUCUCGUGUGCCCAAACUCUCGCAGGUCAACGAGUCGGAUGCCGACGACGAGGAUCACGGCGGGAGGCUGAGACAGAGGCGAUACUCCAGCCGGCGGGCUGAAGGCGGAUCAGCCAGUAACCACAACACCCUCUCUGAUCAUCAUCAUCAUCAUCAUCACACUCUACCCCACAAACUGGGCCAUGGAUCGAACAACUUCAACUGGGACAACCUGCUGAACUGGGGUCCGGGCUUCACUCAUUAUGUGGAUGUGUUUAAAGACUUAGCGCAGCUGCCGGAGAAUUCUGCUGUGAAAGACAUCGAGAUGAAGAGCGGCGACGGAUCCAUCACUAUUCUGAACGAGGGUGAGGCCGAGCAGUAUGUAUGAAGGAUCUUCUUGAGCACAAUCCUGAAGAAACCGAUUCUUUUCUAUAUUGAAUGAAGACGAACUUAAAUGCAGUAAGGCAGAGCACUGAAUCCACAAACUCACAAUGAUUUGUGUUAUCGUUCUGGAUUCUCUGUGAAACACACGUGAAGUGAAUCAGAGAGUGCUGAAAUCCAGCGUGAAGCCUGAGCUCCGUCCAUCUGGCUGAUGUUCUCCUGUGUUAUUGCCUCGACCUCUGUGAGAUCUUCACACUCCAGCCAAAACACUUCUGCCAAGAACCACGGCUGUUUCUCUUCCUGAAUCAAAAGCAUGAGAUAUAAGAGAAAUCAGACCUCUGCCUUCUGAAUAUUUGAGGAUUUACUGACUGCGGACACCGUGACUGUUUGGAUUGUGUCUUGCAGGUUUCUUAUGAAGAUGUUUGUUCGUAAGACUAUAAACAUUUUGUAUUAAAUGAAGCUCAUUGGAAGUCAGUGUUCUCAGUUAGAUGUUUUUUUUAUUAUAUAAAUGUCUGUUUCUACUUUUUUUACCGUGUAUUAACUUAAAGCUUCCACAGUGUUUUAUGGAGAUUUUUCAGAUGCUGGAAAUGAGGUUCUUACUUUCAGCUGAAGUAAGAUAAAACUUUUUUUUACUUGUGUUACUUAUGUCAACAGUAUUUUCCACUAUUUUGAUAAAACUAUAACAUAAUGUCUGAUUUAUACAUGUAAAAGCCAAUAACAGAAAAUAAAAUAUUUAUUUAAAAAAGCAGAUAUCGAUGUGAAGAUAUUAAAGGGACUGAAAUCAGGUUUUCAGGGGAUUUUAAGAUGAUGUUUAUAAACUGCUCCGUGAUGUCCUGCUGAAGGAAUCUUUAGCACUAAAGUUUAAAUAAAGUUUGAGAUGAUUGAAUAAGAGCUCUGAGGUUUUGGAUGAGAAAGAGCCCUGAUUCAGCCAAACACAACACCACCCUUCACACACACACACACACACACACACACACACACUCACACACACACACACACACACACACAGAGAGCUGUAAUUUCAGGAAUUUGAAAGUAAGAAAUAGCUGUAUAUUUCGCUUGUAGAAAAUCUUAACAUGUGUUUUUAAAUGUCAUUGGUUCACUGCCAUAAAUCUUGACAUUUGACAUUAUUAAUGUUCAUAAUGUUAAUUUUCAUAAUGCGAUCAUUUUUUACCAUUUAAAUGUUUAUAUAAUAAGGUUUCAUUUUAAAGAGCUCAUCUCACAAAGAAUAUCUUAAUUUCCCUUGAGCUUCUGGAGAUAAAACAGCAUGAUAAUCUAUGAAAACAUACUGUAACUUUAAGAACUUAAAACUCCUAAGAUUUUGAAAAAAGAAAAAUACACUUGAGGGAUUUUGAUGUGGAUGUCUGAGUUUACAAAAACAUAACAGACAAAUGCUGCUUUUCUGUGAAAUGUGUUCGUUUUAAACUUGACACGAGUUUUCCAAUGGGUCCUCACAUAAAUGCAAAAAAUUGUUUAUAAUGUUUAAUUUUUAUACAUACUGUAUGUCUUAAAUUAGAAUUAAAUUUCUUCCUAGCAAACAAUGUUGUUAAGUUCUUAAGGACACACACAGCUUAUUCAUGCAUAUAGUGAAUAUACACCACCGGCUGCAGAAAUGAGGAAUAAAAGAUAUAAAAUACAUUUGGAAUAUUCAAGUGUCCUGCGUGUCACG